AGGGAGAAAAUUCAACACCGAAACUUGAGAUCCUUAGUUACUGAAUAUUGACAAAUUUCUUUUGUCCGUUUGGAACAACUCUUGAUUUUUUGGACAGUAUUAUUAUAUACAUAUAUAUAUACCUCUAUUUCUGGAAAAACAUCCUUAAUUUAUCAGAACAAGUUUUUAGAAUGUACUUUUAAUUCUCAGACAAAAAGUUGACAAUUUUUUUGAAAUCGGUUUUCCAUGCAUGAAAUUGUUGUAGAAAAAAAAAUAUAUAUGGAUUCUCCUCACUCCUUAGAAUAUCUACCAGGUGUGUGAUUGUACCGCCAGAAAGUGCAUUGAGUUGAAAGGAAUUAGGUACUUUGAAGAAAGAGUGGAGUAAACUUUUCUUACAGAUAGAAUUUUAAUGAGUGUUGAUAAAUUCAUGCCAUGACGUUGGAUUACUGAUAAAGUGCUAAAAUAGAGUUUUCAAUAAACAUUGAAUAAAUAUCGGAUGAGACUUUUUUUCUGCGUGAUUUCAUAUGAUUAUAUUAUAAUUGUUUAACUGCAUGAUUAUAGAUUGAUAAAUUUUAUGGAGCUACUGACAUUGAUGUUCAUAAUAUGACGUGCGAUUAUAUAUUUGAAGUACGAUUACUUUGGCCUACCCUGCACAAUAAAAGAAUAUUGGUUUCUACCCCGAAAGUGAAAUGAUUGUAGAGAAUUAUGGCAGACAUAGUGGAAGAGAAUUUGGAUUAAUAAGAUUUGGAUGGAUUUAAGGAUUUGAUUAUUUUUAUUGGCAUACUGUAGACAUUGAAACGUGUUUUUGGUACAGUAGAGGGUUUUGAGGACAUUUCCUCGUUUUUGCCUUUGAAGAAAUCGAGAUGAAAUGUUAAUGAAUAGUUUUAUGUAUUAAUUGUUUAUGGAUUUUGACAGGUACAUCCGAAAUAGAUUAUCGGAAAAAGAUAUUUUUUUGUGUCUGGUUUAAACACACAUAAUAUUAUUAUAUUCUGUGACUUAGUGUUUAAAGGAUUAUUUUUCUCGUUUAAAAGGACUUUUUGUUGUGACAAUUAAAACAAAUAUAGAGUUGGAUAAAUGGACUUAAAUACUGGAAUUUUCAUAUGCGUAUGGGUAAAAUAAACUUUAGGGUGACGAGUUAUUGUAAAAUGAAGUAGAAUGGUUUGGGGGUAUAUUGAUAGACUAAACUUCAAAAAGAAUAGCUGUGUACAAUAGCUCAAUAUACAAAUAUUUAAUGAUAAAAAGGUUUUGCAACAUGGAGAUAAGAAAUGAUCUUUUUAUAUACUGACAGUUGCAUAACAAAUAUUUAUAUGUAUUGAAAGGAUAUACUGGAAGUAAUUUUGAAGUCAUAGAAACUGUUCACUACUACCACUAUUGGAAACUGUUUGUUACUUUAGAAGAAAGAAAUAAGGAGUUAUUAUAGUUAGAUUAUGCUUGAUUAAUUUACUUGAAGUUGUGUGUCUACGUAGAAUACAGAAUGCCUUACGAAUUCAAUGAUUUACCGAAAGGCUUCAAUUUCGGUUGGGAAAGUGGACCAAAAAUUGGCUCACUGGACAAUGUAGGUCACAGGCCUGGCGGCGGGAAUAAAAUUAUACCGCAGGAGCACCUGCACUGGAAAAAGCAGGCCAAAAUUGGCUCUAUUGACAAGAGACAUAUGGAAUUAGCACGUCCCCGGUCUUUGUAUGGAGGUAACACUGGAGAGUACAAAGUACGUCUGCUUCCAUACCGGAAUGACUAUUAUAGAAAUUUUAAAAAUGUUGAAUAUGAUGAGGGCGGUCGUCCGUAUAUACGGGUAAAAAAGGAAAGAUUUGUUGGUCAGGCGAAAGUGGGAUCUCUUGAGAAUGCUCACCAUCAGCCAGGUGGCGGGCAUGUUAAAAUUGAAGACAGAAAGCCAGAAUGGCUGGCCAGACCUAAAGUAGGUUCAUUAGAUAAUGCUAACCACAUACCUCAAGGUGGAAAUAGACCAAUAGUUGAUGAAAAACUACACUGGAAUGCAGCACCAAAAGUUGGUUCAUUGGACAAUAAAGAUCAUAAACCUGGUGGCGGUGAAGUAAAUAUUCAAUCACAACGACUACAUUGGGACACUCGGCCGAAAAUUGGCUCACUAGACAAUGCAAGUCAUAUACCACGUCAGCCAACCAAGAAAAUCAUAAAUGAACCAGUGAAUUGGAAUGUUCAGUCUAAAAUUGGUUCACUUGAUAACAAAGAUUAUGUACCAAGUGGAGGUAAUGUUCCAAUAGUUGACACUAAGCUACAGUGGGAUGCGAAACCAAAAAUUGGGUCGUUAGAUAAUAAAGACCAUCAGCCGGCAGGAGGCAGAAUAAAAAUUUCCAGCAUGCCAACGCAGUGGGAAGCGGCUCCAAAAGUAGGAUCGCUUGAAAAUGCUAAUCAUCGACCAGGAGGGGGUAAUUUUGAGAUUACAAGUAGGCCUGUGCGUUGGCAGGCACAACCGAAAGUAGGCUCACUGGAUUUGGUUGAACAUCAACCUGGGGGUGGACAAGUUCCAAUAUUUAACGAUCGACCAAGAUGGAAUGCACUACCUAGAGUGGGUUCAUUAGACAAUGCUCAUCAUAGACCAGGAGGGGGACAAAAGCAGAUAUCAAAAAGUCCUAUUCCUGAUUACCGACGAACAGUUUCUCCGAGAGUUGGUUCUUUAGAAAAUGCUCAUUAUAAACCAGGACAUUUGCAACCACCAACAAGACAAUUGAACUACGGUAAAAAUGAUGUUAUGUGGCCUCAGUUUGAAAUUGGACGAACACCUCGAUCGUUGAGCCGAGCUUACUCAAGAAAUUCAGCUCAGACUGUUCCUUGAUAGUGCAUUAUGAUAGUCCAUGUAAGUAAAUCAGUAAAACCUUUUAUCAUAAUAGUUCAUGUAAAUAAAUCAGUAAAACCAUUUAAGUUUAUCAUAAUAGUUCAUGUAAGUAAAUCAGUAAAAUCUUUAAGUUUAUCAGGAAAACUUUUAAGUUUA